AUACCCUCGCCGGUGGAUCAAGAUGUCUAAGCGAGGUGAGCCGGGGAGGGAAAAGGCUCGGGAAUCCGUCUGCAUCUCUUCCCAGAGUCGCGGGAGUAGCUCCUAGCACUGUUUAUUGAUACGAGGACCUCAUCUGCCGCUAACUCUCUCCUCUCUCGAUGCACGUACCGCAGGAAAGAAGGGAGCGUCGGGGGCCAAGUUCCGUAUCUCCCUCGGUCUACCCGUGGGGGCCGUCAUGAACUGCGCCGACAACACUGGAGCCAAGAACCUCUACAUAAUCGCCGUGAAGGGUAUCAGAGGCCGUCUUAACCGUCUCCCCGCGGCCGCUGCCGGUGACUUAGUAUUGGCGACGGUGAAGAAAGGAAAGCCAGACCUGAGGAAGAAGGUGCAUCUUGCUGUGGUGGUGAGACAAAGAAAACCGUAUCGUCGAAAGGACGGGACGUUUAUAUACUUCGAAGACAAUGCUGGCGUUAUAGUCAACAACAAAGGUGAAAUGAAAGGCUCGACGGUGAAUGGACCGGUGGCUAAAGAGUGUGCAGAUCUAUGGCCGAGAAUCGCAUCCAAUGCACCCAGCAUUGCAUGACACUCACCCCAGUCUAACUCUGGUUAUAAUAUCGGGUCUCUUGUACAUAUUGUUGUUGGAAAUAAUACAGAGAAUUGACACAUAAAUGCAA